AUGCCGCUGAUCGCCGCGCUCUCGCUCGGCCUCGUCGUGCCUCGCACGCCUCCGCAGCCCACGUUUGCCCGCUGCUCGACCAGCAUCAGCAUGGUCGAUGCCGAGGCCACUCGCGACGCGGCCACAGAUGUCGGAGGUGCCGCGUCAAUCGUGACUGGCUGGCAGCAGGCGGCGCUCUCAAAGAUCGCAGACCAGUGUGGCCUGACGCCCAAGGACUAUGCGGACGACUUCACGGGCGUUUCGGGCUCUCCGGGCAAGAUUGUCUCGUACGAGGGCCCUGGCGCGCCCAACGUGGCUUGGUGCUCCGGCCUGACUCUCUCGGGCGGCGAGGUCUCGCGAGGGGCGGUCGCCGCCUUCUGCGGCCCGCUGACGGAUGUGCCGCACCUCGUCGUGAGCUGCGGCGUCUCGGACGGCGGCGUCGACCUGUACAUCGACUACCGCCCGCGCGCCGAGUCUGGCUACGACCCUGCGCUCCCGACGCUGGCCGACUAUCCUUCUCCAGAGACGCGGGAGGCAUUCGCAGAGGGCGGCAACCGGAAGGACUUUGCGGAGGCGUACUUCACGGAGGAGGCGGAGGCGGCCAGGGCGGCGCUGCUGUCGAUCGAAGGCGCCGUCGCGGCGCCGCCUCUCUCCAAGGAGGCGACUUCGGCCCUCUCCGCCGGCCCGCUGCUGGUCGACCUGAGGCUGCCGCUCACGGACCACGCGGCGAGCGCGGCGGCGGAGGCGUGCUCCGCCGCGGUGGACCGCUGGCUCGGGUGGAUGGCCUCCGCCGAGGAGAUGGGGCGCGGCCUCUCCGCCGGCAUGCGCCAGACGGCGACCUACACGCGCGACACGAAGGUGCGCGCGAACCACUUUGGCUUCCUGCUCGGGCGGUACUCGGCCCUGUUCGGCGCCGAGGAGGGGAAGGCGCUCGCGUCGGCGGACGCGGGGCCUCUCGACGAGGCGUACGUCGGCGGCGGGAGCUAG